GGAUUCUUCUGGAAAUCAGAGAAGGAAGGGGCUCCUGCACUUACUUUCCCAGGCCCCCCUCCACCCCAAUGCGCCCAGGUCUCCAGAGAAAGGGCGGUGGGCAGAGCAUGGGGCGGGAGAGGGGUGCAGAGUACCUUGGGGCUCGCAGAACAGAUGGUACUGCCUCUAGACAGCGAAACAAUCUCGUCAAAAGGGAAGAGAAAGUGAAAGGCGGGGGAGAGGGAAAGGACAGCAGGGGGUGGAGCUGUCCACGCAUUUGGCAGGGGAGGUGGGGGAUGCCCCAGAGUGGCGCAAUAUCUUGGGGGGUGGGACUGGUCCCCUUCGUCUCCCCGAAAGGGGAAUUCCCUAAAGCUCAAGGGGACAAGAGGGUGACGACAUAGCGGGGAAGCCCCAGCGGUGGCUAGAGAAGGCCGAGGCCGCGGGCGCAGUAGCCAGAUUGUGAGAUUUGGCGUCCCGGGAGUCAAGAGCUUCAAACAGACUCUACUGCGUCUCUGCGCUCAGCCGUGGCCAGCCCCGCGUCCCGAGCCAUGCGCGUCCUCCAGCUCCUCAUCCUGAGCAGCGCCUGGUGCUUGGCGCCGGCAACUAAGGUGGUGGAGGUGACUUGUUCAGAGGAUGCUCUCCUGACCUGUACAGCCUCCUGGAACCCUCAGACCCCAUACAGGAUGAUCUGGCAUAAGAUUAAUGAAGAAAGCGGAGAGCUGACCAAGAUGCUGGAGGCAAACCUAAGCUUCAUUGAACAAUACCAUGAUCAGAAAGAGACAAAUGGCUCACUAGAGGCCUGUCCUCUGGAAGAGUGUUUCCUAAAGAUCCAGAAUACUACCUGCCAGCACGUUGGGACCUACAGAUGCACUUUGUGGGCACCAGGAGAAGAAAACAGCCCAAGUGACACAAUUGAGCUGAGAGUGGCAGGCUGCAUCAUGGAACCCAACAAGUUUAAGAAAUACCAAGCUGAAGUUCUCUUACUCUUGGUUCUUGCGAUGUUUUAUGUAUUUCUCAUCAUUUUUACCUGUAAAUUUGCAAGACUACAGAGCAUAUUUCCAGAUAUCAACAAACAAGGCAUGGAACGAACUUUUCUCCACGUCCCCUUCCAAAAUAAGAAAGGUGUUCAACAGAUGGGUCCAACAACAGUUCGGAAGAUAGACUUAGUCUGAGCUUUUCAGAAGAUAGCUUAGUUUGGGCUGUUUUUUAGAAGACCAAGAACAAACUUUCUUGCUUCUUUGGUUAGCCAAAAGAAUAAAGAUACUCAUGUGAAGGGGCAGCAUCACUGGGACUGCUGUUCUUGAGAUGACUGAAAAUGGGUUCACAGUGUCCAUCUAGAAUAUGCCUUAGAACAGACCAACCCAUGGUUUAUAAAGUUUUGAGCCUCUGAUGCAGAACUCUGGAACUAUCAUCUCUCAGGAUGGUCCCUACUACCAACAUCUCUUUAUGGAUCCCCAAUCCAGCUGUGUACUCUACUCAUUGACCAACCAUAGGAAAACUUCUCCAUUUGGGGAAGGUGAGUGCUGACCCAGGGAAUUCUUUCAGUCAUAUGGCAGCUACCCGCAGUGAGAUGUUAUUGAAAAAAUGCUUUCAUGAAAAAUGAAUGUAUGAGACUCACUCUUGCUUGGGACUCAGAGACUUGAUUUCCUAAGGGCAGACAGCCACCUUCUCACAUCUCAGAGGGACCUCUUGGAAGUUGGUGGAUUUUGCUACACCAGCACAGAUGUUUCCUGUGUUGGAGAAGACUGACAGGUCCUGCUAUAAGGUGGUGGGAGAUAUCUAGUAAAUAACUUCCUGGAUUAAAGGCCCUGUCUUUAAGUGUAUUUUGUGUACACUGAAAUAACAAGUCAAUGAACCAUUUAUCAACAAUGCCUUUUCAUCAGGGAAAGGCAUUGCAAGGAAACUGUGAAGAAAGUUGCCAGGUUGGAAGAACACAUUCUGUACAGGGAAUAGACAUAUACACACACAUGUGUUGGUAAUUAACGUAAGGAAAUUUCAGGCUGGAAUCACAAAUCUCCCAUGGAGCUUUUGCCAAUUACUGUGUCUCAUGCCAAAACUUGGCUCUUCUAUACUGUUUUACCUGAGGUCAUGAAGAAAUUCGUCAGAGCUAAAAGCACUACCUAUGUUAAUAUACAAGUGUGAUAAGGAUGCCAAGUUGGGACAGUUUUACUUUCUGGUUCCCUGACACAAGAUUUGUUAUUAACUGUGAGGGCUCUGGGUCUGAAUGCUCUUCUGAAGAGGACUGGGGAGGGAGGGCGAGAAGGAGAAAGAAGGAAGGGGAGAUGGAGAGAGAGGGGGAAUAAAAGGUGAGAGAAUUGGAAAAUGACUUAGUGCCAUAUAUGUUACAUAACACAUUCAUAUUAUCUCUGUACAUGUAUUACCCCUACCUUCCCCUUCCCCAGUUUGUCUUUGUAUCCCUGUGACUUAGCACAGCUCCUGAAACAUAGUAGGAUUUUAAUAAAAUUAAUUUUAAUUGAAUGG